AAAAGUAUUGAAUGUCCCAAGGAAUUCAGUCGCUCCCCUUGUGGAAGUACAUAUUUGACUGAACUUACUCUUGCAAACGCUUGCACUCCAGCUCAGCCAUCAGUCCGACACAGUCGCCUCAGUGUAAACCGGCGCUGCCUCACAUCCCCCCUUGGUUAACUUUUCGGAGAUUUUUGGUGCAGUGAAACAAACAAUAACCAGCCAUGGAUGCCAUCAAGAAGAAGAUGCAAAUGCUCAAGCUCGACAAGGAGAAUGCCUUGGACAGAGCGGAGCAGGCUGAAUCCGACAAGAAAGCAGCGGAGGACAGGAGCAAACAGUUAGAAGAUGAAUUAAGAGAUGUGGAAAAGAAAUUGCGUAUUACCGAAGAUGAGCGAGAUAAAUUACAUGAGGAGUUCCAGUCUGCUGAAGAAAAAUUGCUUGAGGCCGAGAAGACGGCCACCAAGCUGGAAGAUGACCUGGUAGCACUGCAGAAGAAAUUGAAGUCCACUGAAGAUGAGUUGGACAAAUAUUCUACAUCCCUUAAAGAUGCCCAAGAGAAAUUGGAACUCGCAGAGAAGAAAGCCACAGACGCCGAGGGGGAUGUGGCCUCCCUGAACAGACGCAUCCAGCUGGUCGAGGAGGAGUUGGACAGGGCUCAGGAACGCCUGGCCACCGCUCUGCAGAAGCUGGAGGAAGCCGAGAAGGCCGCAGAUGAGAGUGAGAGAGGCAUGAAGGUCAUUGAGAACAGAGCUAUGAAGGAUGAGGAGAAGAUGGAGCUUCAGGAGAUCCAGCUGAAGGAGGCCAAGCACAUUGCAGAGGAGGCCGACCGCAAAUACGAGGAGGUGGCCCGUAAGCUGGUGAUUGUUGAGGGUGAACUGGAGCGCACUGAGGAGCGUGCUGAGCUGGCCGAGAGCAAAUGCUCUGACCUUGAGGAAGAGUUGAAAACCGUGACCAACAAUCUGAAGUCCCUGGAGGCCCAGGCUGAGAAGUACUCUCAGAAGGAGGAUAAGUACGAGGAGGAGAUCAAGGUCCUCACCGACAAACUGAAGGAGGCUGAGACCCGUGCCGAGUUUGCUGAGAGAUCAGUAGCCAAGCUUGAGAAGACCAUUGAUGACCUGGAAGAGAAACUUUCACAUGCUAAAGAAGAGAACCUUGAAAUGAACCAGAUGUUGGACCAAACUCUAAUGGAGUUAAAUAAUAUGUGAAAAGCCAGAGGUGUGCCAGCCCUUCCCCACCCGCAGUCCUUUCCAGUUUCCCACCAGCUCCCCUCCAGCGCCCCUCCACCUUUACUCCCCUGUGUUUGUGUUUAUAAUUUGUGGUUAUUUUGCACCUCGCUUGCCAUGAACUCUUCCCUCCCACCUCUUUCUCUCUUCUCUGCACUUCACUGUGGAGAGAGAAAUAACCAGGCGCUUUACCUUUACCCCGUUUGCACCAUUCCUGCUUUCAGCAGAGACCAACGAAAGAGCAGUAAAGGAAGAUAGAUAAGGAAGAAUCCUUUGAAAGAGGCCCAAACAGAGAAACACUAUCACUCAGCCCAAUCGAUAGCUUAGCAUCAUCAUAAUGAUGUCUGCAUUUUGUAGUUCUUUGAGUUUAUCCCCCCUCCCCUCCCCAACAUCAUUGUGACAAAUUAUCAGGUUGAAAACACAUGUGCCAUUUAUUAGGUAUGACUGAAAGAUGUAGUUCAGCUAAGAUUGAAUUGGGCACUUAGUCAUUUCAUUCUGAUCAUGCACAUACUUUUGUCAAUUCAUUAAAGACAACAUGGGAUAAAUCUUUUGCACUUAAAUCCAAUAUUAUGCACAUAGGUUUUGUACGAAUUCCGUUCUUGAAAAUCCAACUGUCGUUUAGUUUUUUUUUUUUUUUUUUUUUUGUGGAAAUUUUCUGAAGUGUGCAUUGAAUUAGGUUGUUCAUGUGCAUACUGGUGCUACUGUGAAAACAAGUUUUAGCAGCUUGUUGCUAGGUAGAUAUAAGUUAUUGCCAAUAUUCCAGUACCAUAAUUUGGAUUGUAUUUCAGUUCUUAAUAAUUUUGUGCCAAACCUUGGUCCUGACCAUAAAGGGACUUGCCUACACUCCAAAGGUUUUUUAUUGUAAUUUUUAUUAUUUAUGUUUUGUUUGUUUUUUUGACUAAACUCAAAACAAAAUGUAUGGCAGCAUUAUUUUUUUGCAAAUCCAUUGUGGGUUUUCCUCAUGCUCAUGGUUCAAAACAUUUUUAUUUUACUGUUUUAAAUGUAGAUGUUGAAAUGUAUGUCAUAUAUGAAAUGUAUAAAGUUAAUAAAUAUGAAUAAACCACA